AUGGAGGCGGCCGGGCAGCGGGAGCAGGCCGGCGCGGCGGCCAACGGCAGCGCGCGGGAGCUCGGCCGGCCGGAGCGCUCCAACGGCAGCGCGCAGUUCGCCGGCGUGCAGCUCGUGCAGUCCUUCAAGCCGCUCAUCGUGCCCUGCUACGCCCUGCUGCUGCUCGUGGGGCUCCUGGGCAACUCGCUGCUCCUCUACGUCAUCUGCAAGACCAAGAAGAUGCACAACGUCACCAACUUCUUCCUCGGCAACCUGGCCUUCUCGGACAUGCUCAUGUGCGCCACGUGCGUGCCCUUCACGCUGGCCUAUGCCCUGAGCCCCCACGGCUGGAUCUUCGGCAGGUUCCUCUGCUACUUCGUGUUCCUCAUGCAGCCCGUGAGCGUCUACGUGUCCGUCUUCACGCUCACGGCCAUCGCCGUCGACAGGUACCACGCCACGGUGCACCCGCUGCGCGGGCGCCUGUCGGCGCGCGCCUGCGCCGCCGUGCUGGGCGGCAUCUGGCUGCUGUCGUGCGCCGCGGCGGCGCCGGCCGUCGCGCACACCUACCACGUGGAGUUCCGCCGCGAAGGCUUCGCCAUCUGCGAGGAGUUCUGGGUGGCGGCGGAGCGGCAGCGCCUGGCCUACGCCUACGGCACCCUGCUGCUCACCUACGUGCUGCCGCUCUCGGCCGUGUCCCUCUCCUACAUCUGCAUCACGGUGAAGCUCAGGAACCGCGUGGUGCCCGGGCACGCCACGCAGAGCCAGGCCGAGCUCGAGCGGCUGAGGAAGAGGAAGAUCUUCCGCCUCGUCGUGCUGCUGGUGGCGGCCUUCGGCGUCUGCUGGCUCCCCAUCCACGCCUUCAACGUCAUCCGCGACAUCGACGUCGGCCUCGUCGACAAGCGCUACUUCCUGCUCAUCCAGCUGCUGUGCCACUGGUUCGCCAUGAGCUCCUCGUGCUGCAACCCCUUCCUCUACGCCUGGCUGCACGACCGCUUCCGCGGCGAGCUCAGGAAGAUGUUGGCGCCGGGGCGGAGGGUCCUCCCCGGUGGAGCCGGCAGCGCCGCGCUCUGA